CACAAGUCUCCUCUCUGCCCCUGGGCAGGGAGCAGCAAGCGAUGUCAAAGCCUACUGGUGAUCCGGCUUGUCAUUCUGGCCCGGAGGGGAGUGGCAGACCUGGGAAGAAGCACUUAAAAAGAGACUGAGGAAGUGAACCUGUGAUGCCACUGCAAGGCAGCCAUUCAGCUAAAGCCAAUUACUUAUCCAGCCACCUAGAGAUUACAAGGAAGAGCACCCUGAGGUGAAACAAAGGAGAGAUGAGGGGGACGGCAGUGAGAAGACUUGGGCUGUUCAUUUUCAGUGCAAUUCUGGCGUCUGCUCGUGCCCUCACUGUGGAAGCACCUGCCAAGCAGAUACAGGUGGCGCGGGGAAGGAACGCGACUCUCCACUGUAAUUUCAAAACUGAGACUUCUGUUGACAGCGGAGACCUUGUUGUCUGGAAGAAAAUCACCAGUCCGAUUGACGCUGUCACGAGGUAUUUCGACGGGCUCGUACAGUAUGGCGAGGGCUACGAGAACCGUGUCCAGUUCAGUGGUGCCGUGGACAGUGGGGACAUCAGCAUCACCAUCAGCGAGGUGACCAUGGAGGACAACGGGACCUACGUGUGCAGCGUCCGCCUGAGGAACGACCCGCCCCGGCAGAGCGCGGUCCUGUCCCUCUACGUCCUCGUUGCACCAUCCAAGCCUGACUGCAGGAUUCUGGGGACACCAGAGUAUGGACAGACAAUCAAUCUAACCUGCGUGUCUCAGGAGGGCUCCCCAAAGCCCAAAUAUACCUGGAAAAGCUUCAACGUACGAAAUGAGCCCCGUGCACUAGAAAACACAGAGGGGCAACUAAUAACUCUGAAGAACGUCUCAGCGGAUACCUCUGGCUUCUACAUCUGCACUUCAACAAACAUUGUGGGGACGGAGUUUUGCAACAUGACGGUCAGCGUCGUGCCACCAUCCAUGAACAUCGCUCUGUACGCCGGGAUCAUCGGCGGAGUCAUCGCUGCAAUCGUAGUGAUCGGGAUCUUGGCCUACUGCUGCUGCUGCCGGGAGAGCAAGGACACUGACUACGAGAUGACGGUGCAAGAAGAGAGGAAUGAACCCUCCAAGGACAUGCCAACGAGGCAGCAGAGCGCAGAGGAGGAUGAUGCAAAUGCAUGAAGAAAGAAGCAGGAGGCCAAUGCCAUCUUCAGGAUUUGCUGAGGCACAGACAUCACUGUAGAAAAGAAAUCAGUCCCUCUUUCUUACUGCAAGAAAUGAAUAAUAAAAUGAAAGCUAAUGGCUCUGCCUUCAAGUUCUGGGAGAGAACAUCCUUGUUUCCCUGCAAAGAAGUGCUUUAUGUACAAUGAGUGCUGAUAUAUAACCUCACAGCAGAAAAAUGCGUGUGGAGCACUGUUUCACCCAGUCAUCCAAAAAUAACCAGUCUUUUUAGACUCCCCCACUUUCUGAAAAAAGAAACCAGUCGGGUCUAUUUGGAGAACAGAGUUGGUGCUGUAUCCCCAGCUCUGGAGAUGGCUUCAAGGUCACCAACUGCAAUUCAUCGAGGAAGGGAGGUCUUGUUUACGGUGCCAUGCAAAUGUCACAGCUUACAGCACUGUCCAGUACAGCAGCUUUUUCUAUGGACGUCAAAGCAAGCUGAUUUUUAAGGACAUUUUAUUAAAUGUGUUCUUUGUAUAUAUUAUACAUGCACACAUAAAUAAAGGUAUGGGAAAAAAUUUUUAGAUGAUCAAUGGAAGUCUCCUGUCUGGGACAACGAUGCACACUAAUCCAUGGGUAAGAAGUUAGAUGGACUUGUAAUUGGCAGCUAAUAAGAUCCAGAAACAGGCUAAUAGCCUAGAUACUGUCAGACUCCUGAAUUUCUGAGUUCAGAGAGUUCCUAAAUACUAAUUUUCAUUAUGUUAUUCUUUCCUCCUGAUUGUUGCACGGGCAAGUCAGAAACCGUCCCCUGCUCCUGCUGCUG